AUGGCAUUGUUGCAGCAGUCCGAUGGCUUGUUUUUGAUAAGUUCGGCCGCUGAUCGCUCUAUGGUUAUUCGAAAGAUGGUGGAAACAGAGCCAUUAUCUGUGACUUUCGCGCGGUGCUUUUUUGUGGCCGCGCAAUUUGGCCUAAAUAGCGCAGUAAUCUGUCCAGAUGGAGAUUUACUAGUGGCGUGUCAGGAUCGACAGCUGCGACUGUAUUCAACAAAAGGGAAACUGAUAAAGCAGAUUAAGGGCGCGGCAAGCGGCGACGGACAACUAACUAAGGUCUGCCUGGACCCAAGUGGCACGUAUGCUGCCACGGUGUGCAGUAACCGAACAGUAUACGUAAUCGAUUUAAGAAGCGGAGAGUGUGUCGUAACAUUGAAGGGAUCGUUUGAAAAUGUUACAGAUGUGGCAUUCUCAUCAGACUGCAGGUUGCUUUUCCGCUCUUCCAUUGUUCGAAAAAGUUUACAAAAUAACAACAAAAAUGGCUGUGAGCCAUUAUCUGUGACUUUCGCGCGGUGCUUUUUUGUGGCCGCGCAAUUUGGCCUAAAUAGCGCAGUAAUCUGUCCAGAUGGAGAUUUACUAGUGGCGUGUCAGGAUCGACAGCUGCGAUUGUAUUCAACAAAAGGGAAACUGAUAAAGCAGAUUAAGGGCGCGGCAAGCGGCGACGGACAGUUAACUAAGGUCUGCCUGGACCCAAGUGGCACGUAUGCUGCCACGGUGUGCAGUAACCGAACAGUAUACGUAAUCGAUUUAAGAAGCGGAGAGUGUGUCGUAACAUUGAAGGGAUCGUUUGAAAAUGUUACAGAUGUGGCAUUCUCAUCAGACUGCAGGCGCCUGUACGUUGUCUCAUACAGUGGCUGCAUAUAUAUCUGGCGCCUAGCGAAUCAUUUCGUCAACAGAAUGCUGACAGCCUUGCACAAGCUGGAAAUUACGAAGAGUGCAGGGGAAACUAGGUCCGAAACACCAGACAGCUUGCUAGGAAGCGGUAGUGGCGAGGAGCAUGCCGAACUUCCUCGAAACGUAAAAGAUUUGGAAUCAGAAUUUGGUUCACUAAGCAGCAUCAAAGUGGGCGAUGAUGAUUCCGACAGCUGCAUCGGACAGAGAGCGACGGGACGAGUGACAGCUAGCAUUCCAUGCUGCAGUUCAUUCCUAGAUGACGGUUUCGAGCUCAAGCGUCUCACAGCGGAAGUCAUAAGGCUCAACACUAACGGCGCAGCGAACGAGCAGCGCACCAGCCAGGAUGAAAUUGCUGCUCAUGGUAAAUUUUGGACGCUUCAGUGCACUGUGAUAGAUGAACAGAGGCAAAUGGUCCAAACUCCUUCGCUGUUUUAUUUUCUAUGGUAA